AUGUCAACGAACUUCAAAGUAACUCCUCGCAAGCUUAAAAGGACGCAAAACGCAUGCGUUGCUUGCCGGCAGAGUAAGAUCAAGUGUUCUGGUGAGGAACCAUGUACCAAUUGUCGGCGACGAGUCAUGAGGUGCCGGUUUGUGGAAACCGGGAGCAAUGUCAUGGUAGCAGAGAGGUUUGUCAGUCGUCCGGAAGCUAGAUAUUUCCAGAAACUACAGGCCCAGGCUAGACUUCAGCAGCAACAGCAUACAUUUGCAGUUAGGACCCCAUCUGAGAGUACCUUUCCAGAGGAUGUAUGUCCUCCGGCGGAAUUAUCACAGCAUCAGCCGAUUGAUCAUACAAGGAGUAUCUGGACAAGUCCUUUUAGCCUUCCUUCGAGAAUCCUUAAAGAUGCUUGUGGAAGCAAGCGCAAUUGGAUUUGGCUUGCUCCCUCUUCUCUAUGGUCGCUCACUGCACGGCUCAAGGUUAUGAUAACAGAGAAACUUAAUCUUGAACCUCUCAACAGCAGUCCCGGUCUUCUAGAAGGCGACGUAUAUGCUCCGCAAUGGCGAGAUACUGCCCCAAAUGACCCUCCGGAUAUUAGUGGUCUACCAUCAAUCGACCAGGCUCUCUAUCUAUUCAACACAGUUAAGUUUCAUCUCGGACAAAUCUAUAGAUUCUUCGACGAUGAAGAGGCAUUUGUGAGCCAUGUACGGGAGUUUUACCAGGGUGAUGCAGUGGCGAAAGCAAGCGAAUGUCGCUUAUGGUUUGUACAAUUUCUACUCGUUUUGGCAUUUGGAAACGCGUUUUUGUCACGAUCAAGAGGUACCAAUGAUCCUCCUGGGUCAAAGUUCUUCGUUCGCGCGACAUCCCUGAUGCCGGACCUUGCAUCUUUGUGGAAGGAUAGCUUGCUGGCUAUUGAGGUUCUGGCCAUGAUGGGGUUAUACCGGUAUUCGAUCGAUCACAGGGAGUCGGCGCAUGUCUAUGUUGGCCAAGCAAUACGCAUAGCGCAACUGGGAGGAUUGCACACUCAGUUACCCGAGGAAGAACUUGGUUUAAGAACCUUGACAAGAUGCCGAAAUCUUUGGUGGACUUUAUACAUUAUGGAUCGACAUUUCUCGUCCUCUGUUGGAAUUCCAAUGACAACGCACGAUUGUGAUAUAACUACUCUAGUCAAUCCAUCGCAACAAGAUACAACUCUCAGCCUUCAAGUCAAGCUCUCACGAAUGCUCUCGACGAUUCUGGCGAGUGAGUUGACUAUUAUUCCUUUAUAUCCAAUAUACAAGACCGAAAGAACACAGCUGGGAAUAUUCCUGGAACAGACACGAUCUAUCCUGCAUACAAUGGCUAGCCACGCCCAGGAAAUUGAGAAGAUUAUUCAUCUCAAGUUCCAGAACUCAGUGGAAGCCAUGCCUAGAGGAACGCGCCAUAUUACUUUGUCGUAUCACCAGUGUGUCAUUGUCGCCACGCGACCCCUUCUCCUAUCAAUUCUAAAGGAAAGACUCGAGAAAUUGGAUCAUGGAGAAGAAGAUUGGCAGAGUUUCCUGGCUCCGACCAAGGCGUUGAUUAACACCGGGAUAAAAUCAGCAGUCAAAACACUUCAGAUACUCUCGGAUGAGGAUAGUCUUCUCGAGGUAUUCCUACCAUUUGAGCUGGAGUUUACAUACGGCGCCGCUAUAUACCUAACAAUGACAAGGACGCUCUUCCCACGGGUUGCCGAUGGCGAGGCGGGUAGUCAUAAUGCACACUCAAUACUGGAUGAGAUGAUCUGCAAAGGGAACAAGUUGGCUGAAGUACGGAAGACGGAGUUAACCCAAAUUGAAUCUCUUUUCCAGCAGCUGGCCACGCGGAUUGAGCAGCAAGGUCUUCAAACUUUGACGCUGUCCAGUCCUGAACAGAGUGUCGUGAGCACCAGCACUGGCUAUAACAACAACAAUGAUAAUGGUAAUCAAGGAUGGGAAGAUCUCGCAACUGCAAUUGCAACUGAUCUUCAGACAGCCACACACUGCAUGCCCGGGGAUUCUCAAUCACCGUCGGGCCUGCUUCCGCAGGAUAACAGCGAUCUCGAGUUUCUCGAGAGUAUUGGGAUAUCAUCUUAUGAGUUUUUUUCGAUUGUAGACGGCAUUGAUGAUAAUUUCGGGAUUCUGGAUCCAGGACAGGGCUGGGGAGGAUGA